UAUUUUCGUUGUUAUGUCAAUAAUAUUUACUUUUCGUUAUUUUUUCAAGGGCGAUCUAGCAUGUUUCCGGAGUAGCGCUGGAAGAAAUCGGUGCUAUCUGCAAGUGUUGAAACGAUUCGCCAUGAACAAUAUUACCAACAUACACUACGGUCCACUGCCGGCCGAUUCUCCGUACGUGAAACCAUUCCGCUUCCAUUACACCCAGAACGGGAAGCAAAAAUCGUGGGAUCUGUUGAAGGUGCACGAUUCGGUUUCGAUCGUGAUUUUCAACGUUACGCGAAAGAAGCUAGUUUUCGUGAAGCAAUUCCGACCAGCCGUCUACCAUGGUAUCAUCAGCAGCGAUGGAGUACAGCCGGGUGACAUUGAUAUGGUCAAGUAUCCGCCGAAAAUUGCCGUCACAAUGGAGCUGUGUGCGGGCAUCAUCGACAAACCCAUCUCCAUCGUGGAAAUUGCUCGGGAAGAAAUCUUAGAAGAGUGCGGCUAUGAUAUACCGGCCGAUCGGAUCGAAGAAAUCAUCCGCUACCGUUCCGGUGUCGGCACUUCCGGUGCGGAGCAAACGCUGUUCUACGCCGAGGUUACCGAUGCGGAUAAGGUCCCAUCGGCCGGAGGUGGCGUGGACGAUGAGAUUAUCGACGUUGUGGAGUACGAUGUAGAGGAAGCGCGAAAGCUGACGGAAAAAGGCACGGUCGUAUCGAGCCCACCGUCCUUUCUGUUCGGAUUGCUCUGGUUUCUCGUGAACCGUGCACCAAAGAUCUAAACUACUGUGAUAGUGGCACUGCAGAGAGAGAAAGAGAGAAAGAGAGAAAGAGAGAGAGAGAGAGAGAGCGCGCGUGAUACAUCCUUAGGGUGUAAUGGUUUUGCGAAAGCAAAUAAAACUCAACGAUUCACAUUCUCCUUCCAGAGCAUUUAUCGUGUCUGAUAAAACGGUUCAUUUUAUUGCAAGUAUCUCGAAUACCGACUCGCUUCAGCUCGGUAAGUAUUUUUUUAAUCAUCUUUUUGUUUGUAAUAGUUUUAUUUUACUUUGACAACAAUCGAGUGUGUGGCAGCGCGGUCGGUUAAACUUUAGCCCAAAGCCCAGACGAACGCAAUCAAACAAACAUUCCGCUAGUCGCUGUCACGGCCAUUCCAAAAUUUUGUUUCUAGUUUUGAAAUUUGUUUUAGAGAUUUUUUUUUAUCUAUCGAUCGGACCUCGUUUAACCUCGUUUCCGAGUCCGGGAGCACUGUGGUGAGAUAA